ACACUUAUUUCUGUUCUAAUUGUACUAUUAAUUAAUAAUGUUUUCGGUGUUUUUGGUCUACCGUAUCUUUCAUCGAUUUGUAUUAAAUUCAUCGUAAAUACAACAAUAGAUAUGCCUGCACUUACACGUUCUCUUCAAUUGUGCGAAAAUUAAUUGAAUUAAUACGUAAGAGUAUGGCAUCACUUUCAUGUUUUAGAACAUUAGCAUUAGGUGCUUGUAAUAUGUUUCAUAAAGGCUCACGUCCAUUAGUUUUGUGUGGUCCUUCAGGAAGUGGAAAAAGUACGCUUUUAAAAAAGCUUUUUGAAGAAUUUCCAGAUACAUUUGGUUAUUCUGUGUCUCAUACCACUAGAAGUCCUAGACCAGGUGAGGAAGAUGGGAAACAUUAUCAUUUUACUACUAAAGAUAAGAUGCAAAAACAAAUAGAACAGGAUGAAUUUCUUGAAACUGCUACAUUCAGUGGGAAUAUGUAUGGUACUAGUAAACGUGCAGUAGAAGAAGUACAAAAAGCAGGUAAAAUUUGCGUAUUAGAUGUUGAAGUGCAAGGUGUAAAACAAAUAAAACAAAGUUCGCUGGAUCCAUUGUAUAUAUUUAUUAAAGCACCAUCUAUCGAAGAAUUGGAGAAAAGAUUAAGAGCUAGGAAAACAGAAACAGAAGAUGCUUUGCAACGGAGAUUAUCCAUUGCUAGGCUAGAGAUAGAAUAUGGAGAAAAGCCUGGUAAUUUUGACAUAGUUAUUGAAAAUGACAAUGUUUCUAAGGCAUACGAAAAAUUAAGAGACUUUCUGAUGUCAAAUUUAAAGCAAGAUGAUGCAGGACGUUAAACAUAUGCCUCUUAAAGAUAGAAGAUUCUUUGAAAUCAUAAAUCAUAAAUUAUAAUUAUUUUUAUAUAUCAUUGUGUAAAUUAUAAUAAUAGAUAAUUAUUACAUGAUGAAGCGCAUUAACUCAUGUCCAAGGAUCGGAUUACUAGAUCAAAGAAUAAAUUUAUGCAAAUAAUUUUAUACAGUGCUAAAUAGACCUGAAUAUUGCAAGAGUAAAUAUAGGUAUACAUGCUUCAAGCUUGUUACAUGCAUGGUACUAAUGUAAAAAUUCAGAUUAAUGUCACUUUAAAGGCAUUGUAAAGCAAGGAUUACAAAUGUAUAGUUUAAAGUAAAACUAUGAAUAAGGAAACAAGGAUAUGCAGAAUGUUCAUACAGUUUGUUUCUAUUCAAUACUUAAAGAGACUAAGUAUAUGUCAAGUAACAGAGACUUGCUAAGUUAUUUUUGUAGUUUCUUUUACAGUUCUGUAUGUACUUUUGCUUCGACUUGAAUAUGAAAAACAUUGUACAGUAUUUACAUAGUAGUAAUUUAUAGGAUUACAUCGAUUCAGUGCAAUACUCUAGUGCUUUAAUGCACAUAGAAUGUGUGCAAGUGUCAAAUUAUUUUAGAUUAAUGAUAUCUUGCCAAAUGUAUACAAAGGACAGUCAAUUUAUGCGAAGACGGAACUUUACUACAGGCUAGAUAUCUAAAAAGAGAACUGAAGAAUUAACUAUAAUGUUUUAGAUGUAGCUAACUGAGACUAUUCACCAGACGAAGUUGUGUUCCAAUAGUGUAGAUUACUUAUAAAGUACUUGUGGUUUUGUCCUCGUCAAACAUCGUAUACUCACUGCACAAAUCGAGAUUCAUUCAUAAAUUCAAUUACACUUGAAUGUAUCGUAUUGCCGAUUUAUCAGAAGGGAAAGGCAUUACACGAACAUCCAUUUAAGAACAUUCAUCAUCGAGUAGACAUAUUUCACACGUUCUAUUUAUUUGCAAAUAUUUUCGAAAAAUUAUAUUCGAAAUAAAUAUAUUUUCAUGUUAGAUAAAGAUCAACGAAAUUUUCGAAAUUCUUACAAUUACUAUCGUUUAUCUGUUUCUUACACAUCACAUUUGUACAUGGUACAAGAUAUGAAUAUGAAUCAUUUUAUUUAUCGAAUAUCAGCAUGUUGUUGCUUCCACGAGCGCGGAAGAAAUUACAUAUUUUCCUAUAUACGGGGUGUUAUCGCUUACUUGUUAGUACGUGUGUAUGGUUACAUAAAUAUGACGAUAAAGCGACGUUUGAAUGAACAAGGCGUAGCGAAACAUCUAUGCAUUGUUAAAGAAAAUUGUAUCAUUGUUGUAUCAUAAUAUAUCGAAUAAAUAUUUCAACCGUAUGCGAUACUGAAAA